AUGGCAGCCUCAUAUCCCAAGAAGAAGUGCGGUGUUCUGGGUGCCACCGGAUCCGUGGGCCAGCGCUUCAUCCUUCUUCUGGCCGAUCACCCAUUCCUAGAGCUUCAGGCCGUGGGUGCCUCCGAGCGCUCCGCCGACAAGAAGUACAAGGAUGCCGUUCGGUGGAAGCAGUCUGCUCCCAUGUCGGAGAAGCUUAGCAACCUCGUCCUUCGUGAGUGCAAGGCAGAACUAUUCACAGACUGUGACCUGGUCUUCUCUGGACUGAACAGUGAUAUCGCUGGCGAGACUGGUAAGGGCCUUCAACCUGGCGUUUCUCCGUCACGAUCAGAAGAUGGAAUGUUAACGUUCAAAACAGAGAUGGCUUUCAUCAAGGCAGAGAUCCCGGUCUUCUCUAACGCGAAGAACUACCGCAAGGACCCCAUCGUGCCUUUGGUAGUUCCCACUGUCAACCCUUCCCACAUGGACCUGAUUCCCCACCAGCGCAAGCACUUCGGUCUGAAGAAGGGCUUCUUGGUCUGUAACUCCAACUGUGCUGUCAUCGGUGUUGUGAUCCCCUUCGCCGCGCUACAAGCGAAGUUCGGUCCCGUUGAGGAGGUUGAGGUGUUCACUGAGCAGGCCAUCUCGGGUGCUGGCUACCCUGGAGUUCCCAGCUUGGACAUCGUCGACAACGUGAUUCCGUUCAUCAGCGGUGAGGAGGAUAAGAUGGAGAAUGAGGCCCAGAAGAUUCUCGGAUCUUUGAAUGCCGAUGCCACUGCCUUCAAUGAGCAGGCUGGUCUGCGCAUCGGUGCUACUUGCACCCGUGUUGGUGUCACUGAUGGCCACAUGGCUUUCGUUUCGCUCCGCUUCAAGAACCGCCCGGCUCCCAAGGCUGAGGAGGUGGUUCAAGCCAUGCGUGAGUAUCAGUCCGAGGCCCAGAAGCUUGGCGCGCCCUCUGCGCCGGAGUUCGCCAUCAAGGUGUUCGACGAGCCCGAUCGCCCUCAACCUCGCCUUGACCGCGAUAUUUCCAAGGGGUACACUGUGAGCGUGGGUCGUGUUCGUGAUGGUGCUGAGGGAGGCUACUUUGACAUUCGUUUCGCUGCUCUGUCUCACAACACCGUCAUCGGCGCCGCUGGGUCGUCUAUCCUCAACGCUGAGGUCGCCGUCAUUAAGGGCUACAUCUAA